AUGAAAUUACUGGCUACUAAGAGCUAUUUAUAUUUGGUGCAGAAACAUUCAGUCUUGAAAUGCUGCAAAACAACUAGAAAACUAUUUUCCGGUUCUGUCAAUGAGCAUAUUGAUAAUGCUGUCGAGUUGGGAGAAUUUGUUGUUUUUAUUGGUAAAAUAUUGGUCGAGAACGAAUGUUAUCUAUUGCUUGGAACUCAGUGCACACCAGUGGCUUCAUAUCCUUGCAUAAAUGAUGAAAUCAAUCGGAUUGACAGAGUAAUCGCUGUUCCCGUGGAAAAGGAUGGUCAUCCAAGUAAGUUAAAUAGUUCAAUGUCAAAGUUGGAGAAGAUUAAAAUAUCACAGAAAAAAGUGAUGCAUUUUGUUACUGGAAAGGGGAGUACAGUUCGAUUAAUUGAUGAGAUUCUUCGUCUUUUUAAUGAUGGAGAAGAUUUUUACGUAUGUUUUACCAAAAAUAUUACGCUAAAUAUACAGAGAAGACUUUCAACAAGGAACAAAAAUAAUUGUUUUUUUUGGAACUAUUCAUUGCUUACUGAUCUGUAUGACGACGAAGGAUUUCCGACUAUGGGAACAGAAGAGUGGAUCAUGCCAGUAUGUCAAGGAUUUGUUGCCGAAAGAACAUUGCUGAUUGAACCUGAGGCAGAAUUAAAAGUAGCUUUGAUAUCAAGGCGUUCUAUAAAUCGUGCGGGCGUUCGAUAUUUAAAACGCGGUGUCGAUGAAAAUGGUGAAGUUGCCAAUUUUGUUGAAACCGAAGUCAUAUUAGCAGUUUUCGGUCAUUGUCUCUCUUUUGUUCAGGUACGUGGAUCAGUUCCUGUUUUCUGGACUCAGCAAGGAUAUCGUUAUCGUCCACCACUUGUAAUAAGCAAAACAUUUACUGAUUCAUAUCCUGCUUACGCAAAACACAUUAAAAAAAUGCUUGAAACUUAUGAUGCACCUUUGACAAUAGUCAACUUAGUUGAGCAAAGGGGCAGAGAAGUACAACUUGCCCUAAGUUUUCUCCAACAUGUUCUUCACAUGAAUUCACCAGAUGUUUCAUAUUUUACGUAUGAUUUCCAUUCUCGUUGUCGAGGACUUCGUUUUUAUAAAGUUGCAGAAUUAGUAUCUGCUUUGUCUGAGCAAAUUUCUAGUAUGGGUUUUUGUUGGGUUGACAAAUCUGGUGAAAUGAUACAUCAACAGCGUGGUGUGAUUCGAACUAAUUGUGUUGAUUGUUUAGAUAGAACCAAUAUUGUGCAGUGUGCUAUAUCACAGGCUGUAUGCCUUGUACUGAUACAAAAACUUGGUAUUAUUGGUCCUCAGACAGAUGCACCAAUUCAGCUUAUUCAAGCCCUGCAGUCUAUUUGGGCUGAUAACGGUGACGCCAUUUCUAGACAAUAUGCUGGCACUGAUGCCUUGAAAGGAGACAUUACACGCAGUGGUCAAAGGAAUCUGGUAGGUCUGGUCAAAGAUGGCUAUAAUUCAGCUUCUCGAUAUUAUUUGUCUCAUAUGAGGGAUGCACAGCGACAACUUGCUAUUGAUGCUCUUUUGGGGAGAUCUCUGAAAUCGGAUGAAACUCAUGAACAUUUUGAUGAUGAAGCAGAUGAAGAAGAAGUUGAAAGUAUAGGAAGACUUGUUCGUGAGGCCAUACUUUUCAUUCUUCCUGAGAAAGAGAUACUUAUUGGUGCUUGGGCCCUAGUAGAAGGAUCAAAUAAUACUGACCAGAUUGAUAGUGUUCUGUUACUAACGAAAACUAUUCUCAUUGCUGCUUCGUAUGAUGAUGAUACCAAACUCUCAGAUGUAAAACGUAUCGAUUUCAAUGAUAUCAAAAGUUUAGAAUGCGGACGACUAGGAAAAUUAUCAAGAACUCAUCUGAGACUAUACUUGAAGUCAGGAGAACAGUAUACUUGGCGUGCUGCAAAAACGCGUUUGUUCAACAAUGUUGCAAUUUUGCUCAGAACAGAUGAUGAAGCGAAUGAAUAUAUUCAGGCAAUUGGUGAACAAGUAAAAGUUACGAUGUCACUGGUCGGAAAACAUGUCAGUUUCUCAUGUGUUCAAGAGCUAAGUACUCCUGGAAGGAUAGAUAAAAGCAAAAAAAGAGUUAUGAAUACGCUAACAUCUCUUCUUCGACCUCGUACUGACUAUUUCACGAAAUCGCAGUUUGAGCAAAUCACUUUUUCAAAACUAGAUGAUAAUACUGAUACUGCUACCUCUUCAUCUAUCCAAAAAAAUAUUCUUGUCAUGGACAGCAUGAUCCCAAUUGUGAACAUUGAUCCAGACAGUAAUUUUUGUGAAACUUUGGAAGAGCCCCACGAUUAUAAAGCGUGUGAGAAAAACGAUAAGUUGGUGCAACAAGAGAAAAAUGUUAUUGAAGUAUCGCGUAUGUUCCCGUCAACAUCCGAUGUUCAGCUUUCUGAGAAAACAGAUAAUUCAUUGUUUCAAAAAUUUAAAUUAACUAGUUCAAAGAGUAAUAAUGCUGUUGAUAACAUAUCGACAGUUGUUUCGAAUCAGCAAAAUCCAUUUUGGCAAUAUAAACAACAAAUUCUGGAUUCUAAAUCCCAUUUAAUAUUAUUGUAA